UGGGUCAAGGUCGUCUGGUUGUUUCGUCAAUACACACUAAACUAACCAACGUCAACACAUAGGUCUAGUUUUGCCCAGAUUAUCAACGAGGAAGGUUCGCUAAAUAUACGGCUGAAAACUUUACAAGAAAAAAAGAAUUUUGUAAAAGUGUUAUUUUAUUUUUAGACGAAUUUAUUGGAAAAACUAUCCAUCUUUCUUAGAAACGACAAUUUGUGAAUGAUGGAAAUUUCCGAUACAGGAGGAAUGGAGAAAAUGAUGUACACCGACCCUAAAACGAUCGUUCCCCCUAAAAACUUGGACGAGUUAAUAGAAGAACUGCACAAAGUGUUUGACAGUGACCAUGUGAACGUUGAAUAUGUGACGGAGUUGAUGGCCUCGUACAAAAGUAACCCAAAAGAUUGGAAGAAAUUCGCCAUCUUCGACCUCCAUAGAUAUACGAGGAACUUGGUGGACGCAGGGAACGGAAAGUUCAAUCUGAUGGUGUUGUGUUGGAACACAUCACAGGGGUCAGCCAUCCACGACCACGCAAACGCUCACUGUUUCAUGAAAGUGCUGGACGGCCACUCGCAAGAGGAACUGUUUGAAUGGCCGACCGGGAGCGUGGAUGACGGGGAAAUGAAGUCAAAAGGGAAAAAGUUGUACGAGAGGGAUCAAGUGGCCUAUAUCAGUGAUACUAUUGGUCUUCAUCGAGUGGAAAACCCCAGCCACUCCGACACAUCGGUCACACUUCAUCUGUACUCUCCACCCUUCAGCGAGUGUCAGAGCUUCGACGAGAGAACGGGAAAUGCUCGCAAGGUUCAAGUCACAUUCUGGAGCCAGUUUGGAAAGCGAACACCAUGUGCAAAGUUACCAAGUUCCUGUGUUCCUGAGAACAAUUAAACCUUCUACCAUUGAAGAGUUACACAAAAGGUGAACAACUCCUGAGUAAUCACCUGUGUGUUACUUCGAACAUUGUGCAAGGAAACCAAAAGAAAUGAAGAGCAGAUACAUUGCGACUUGUGUCAGAACAAAAUAUUGCAAACCUUUGUAUAAACUGGUGUUAAAAUUAGGAAUUUAAAAAGAAAAGGGAUGCUUUAAAAUGUUUUCAGUUGCAAUGUUAUAUUUGCUUUAAGAAGCCACAAAUAUGCAUAGCAAUGAAUUUUUUGUUGCAUUAUUUUUUAUUUGAUUCUGUGUUGAAUCUAAAAGUAGAUUUGUUUUUGAAGAUGUACCGUAUGUAAUCAGAGUGUAUACAACAUUUAAAAAUGUGGUCACUUAACUUGAAGGCUUUAACAUCAUAUCUAUCUAUUAAUAUGCUUGCAAAUGUAUAUAUAACUCAAAGAGUAUUAUUACAUGUAUUCCGGAACUUUUGUUGUUAAGAUUUGUUAGCUAUUUUUACUCUAAACCUGUUUUUUUGUGUACAAGGGUAAAUGAACUUCAUUAAUCUUUAUGAAAGCUUUGUAUGUAAAUGUACAACAAAUUUAUUUUUGUUCAUUUCUAUUUUUCUUUUAUUUUACACUAAGUGGGUAUAUUUUAAAUUUUCUAAUGGAACUUUGAUUUCCUCUCUCUGUCUCUGUCUGUCUGUCUCUCUCUCUCAGUGCUGUAACAGUUUGGUUUUAAAAUUAGAAUAUGGUAGAAGUAGGCGUAAUAUGUGGCUUAGAUGUGGUGCACAAUUUUUAGUAGAUAUUUGCAUUAAUUGGUGUCAUCUUGCAGUUUGACUGCAACUUUAACCUGACUAUUUGGGUACAUGCACUCGGUAUUAAAAUAUAACCAAUUGAAAGACGGAUCCCAGAGAGGUCCCUUAAAGGGGGAUUUUUUGGCACGAACUCCCAAAUAUCCUUUGACAUUGGUACUCAAGAGUGAUGUUUCAUUCAGUGACUCUUCUUGAAUAUGUUCCUUAAGAAUGAUGAAUCUUAUGUAAACUUUCAUAUUGACAAUAUUUAUGCUAUAUAAAGCUAAUUUCAGGUUAAUAUGUAUGUUCUUUAUCUACCUUUUUUAUGACACAGGUAUUUUUGUUGGCAUUUUGAUUUGCUCAAACUUUAUAUGAAUGUUAAAUUAAAGAAAUAUAAAAACACUAUGUAUAGGUCAUGUUUUUCAAAUGAAUUCUUGUAGUAACUGAUAAAUAUGCGAUCUGUACUCUUAUUAUGAUACAUACGGUAUACAAAUUCUUAUUAUGAUACAUACGGUAUACAAACUCUUAUUAUGAUACAUACGGUUUACAAACUCUUAUUAUGAUACAUACGGUUUACAAACUCUUAUUAUGAUACAUACGGUAUACAAACUCUUAUUAUGAUACAUACGGUAUACAAACUCUUAUUAUGAUACAUACGGUAUAUACAAACUCUAAUUAUGAUACAUACGGUAUACAAACUCUUAUUAUGAUACAUACGGUAUACAAACUCUUAUUAUGAUACAUACGGUAUAUACAAACUCUUAUUAUGAUACAUACGGUACACAAACUCUUAUUAUGAUACAUACGGUAUACAAACUCUUAUUAUGAUACAUACGGUAUACAAACUCUUAUUAUGAUACAUACGGUAUACAAACUCUUAUUAUGAUACAUACGGUAUACAAACUCUUAUUAUGAUGAAUAUGACAUCUGUGCUCAUUAUUAUUAAUACUGUAUCAAUUCUUAAGGCAGCUGCAAAAAAAACAAAAAAUGGAAUACUCUCUCUUGUUUAAACAAUUAAGCCCCCCCCCCCGAUGCUACGUGUCUGAAAUAAGAUUUGUCAAACUUAUGCACAGAAUGAAUGAUGUGGGAAGAUUUCAUUUCAUUUUAUACUUCAUUGUUCUAUCUGUAAGUUUUCAAAACAUACUGUAGAUUCCUUAUUUUACGCGAGUACUUAAUUCCGUGUUACACCGGUUUUCCAUCAAAGUGCCAGAAC